GCCAAGUUUUAAAGGGCAGAGUUGUAAAAACUCCCAGGCUGCGGGGAGUCAGACUGGAACCCUGAAACACGGAUUCUUCAUCAUCCCCCUCCCCGGCCCCUGCAGACACCAACCCGCCUGGAAUAGACGCGAUAUUUUCAUUUUUAUCUCCCGUAUAAAGCUGCGUUCGGGGGCCGUACGAAUUUACAGAUUCCUGCUUGAAGCAAAGAAGGAGCUGCUGUCUGUUUCCAUGAUCUUGGACCCAACUCUACAGGGAGGGUCUUAAUUUUGUCAAGAAGCACUCAAAGUUUCCUCAUCGCACUGAUCACUGCUGCUUUGGAGGGUUUUUUUGCAACACUGAGAAAAAGCGACUCCUUGUCACUGAAGCAGCUAUGCAGCUUGAAAUUCAAGUAGCUCUCAACUUUAUCAUUUCCUAUUUAUACAACAAACUCCCUAGACGACGUGUGAAUAUCUUUGGCGAAGAGCUCGAGAGGCAGCUGAAGAAGAAAUAUGAAGGCCACUGGUAUCCGGAUAAGCCAUACAAAGGUUCUGGGUUCAGGUGCAUCCACGUAGGGGAGAAGGUGGAUCCUGUGGUGGAGCAGGCAGCCAAAGAAAGCGGGCUGGACAUCGAGGAUGUCCGGAAUAAUCUCCCUCAGGACCUCAGUGUGUGGAUUGACCCGUUUGAGGUGUCUUACCAGAUUGGCGAGAAAGGACCAGUCAAGGUGUUGUAUGUGGAUGAUAACAAUGAGAACGGGUCCGAGCUGGACAAGGAGAUCAAGAACAGCUUUAAUCCUGAGGCGCAGGUCUUUAUGCCGAUCAGCGACCCGGUCGGGGCCUCCUCCGAGUCCAACUCCCCCUCCCCUCCUUUCGGGCAGUCUGCCGCCGUGAGCCCAUCGUUCAUGCCGCGCUCCACCCAGCCCUUGACCUUCACUACUGCCACUUUCGCCGCCACCAAAUUUGGCUCCACGAAGAUGAAGAGCAGCGGCCGUGGCAACAACGCCAACGGCGGCGCGGGCGGCACCGGCAACAACAACAACAACGGCAGUAGCAGCAAGGUGGCCCGUACCUCCCCCACCAAUAACCUGGGUCUGAAUGUCAACACUCUCCUGAAGCAGAAAGCCAUGUCCACCUCCAUGCACUCGUUGUACGGGCUGGGUCUGGGGCAGCAGCAGCAGCAGAAGGCCUCUGCGCUGUCUCCCAACGCCAAGGAGUUCGUGUUCUCCAGCCUCCAGGGCCAGUCCAGCCCCGGAGCCGUGUUCCCCGGCGAGGGCUCCCUGGGGCUCGGCCCUCUGCAGUACAACAAUGCCUUUGACGUGUUUUCAGCCUAUGGAGGCCUCAACGACAAGUCCCUCAUGGAUGGGCUCAACUUCAGCCUGAGCAACAUGCAGUAUUCUAACCAGCAAUUCCAGCCGGUCAUGGCUAACUGAACUCAUCAUCAAUAUGCUAUUUAUGAAUGACGGUGGCUCAAAGAGAAGGAAAAACAAACAAAAAAAACAAGAAACCGCACACUUAGAAACCGAACUGAAGGAUAUGGUGUUUAAUCGGUGAAUCGCAUGUGCCCAAGGGUGUUUUUACCGUUCCCCCUUGAGUUUGUUUCUACUGAAAGCUUGUGGUACAAACACAUCCAAGCUUGGUUACAUCAAUUCAACAUGCAUUGUUGUUUUUCUUUUUUCCUUUUGCCAACCAAGCACAAACCUUCUCUCUUUUUUUUUUCUUUUUUUUUUACUUUGAGAAACUGCUCCAAAAAAAAAAAGCUUCAAGUUUUGGCCUCUUACAGUAUUUUACAGGUGGUAAGACAAGGCUGAUUUUUAUGAAUUGGCACUACUAAGUGGGGUUACUUGGUCUUUUUCUAAUUGUAUAAUUUAAUUUAGUACAAAGUUUGUAAGAUAUCAGAGUAUAUAUUGUUUCUAUGACAUGGUGUUGCAUUUAUAUCUUUUUACUACUCCAGUGAUCUGUGAUGGCUGCAGCAGCUUUUUUCCUUAUUUUUCUUUUUUUAAAGAUAAUUGUUAAAGAAAUUCAUCUUUGAAAGAAAAAAAAAAAAAACAAACAAAAAAAAACUACAUCAAAUAUUCUGGAGAUUGUGUACAGAAUAUUCCUUAGUGGUGGAGUUCAAGUGUAGGAACAUUUUGCUUUUUCUGAAAGACGAAUUGUAUUUUCUGUUAAGAGGUUAAAAAUUUUUGCUAUACUAUGGACAAAAUGUAAUCGUAUGAAUAUUAAUUUUGUACCUACAUCGUGCAAUACUUGAUAAAGAAAAAAAUACGGUAUAACAAAGUAUUUUGAGUCAGUGUCUUAAACGUCAAGAGGGACUGAAAUAGUUUAUAUUGUUAAGUUUGUAUUAAAUGCUUAAAAAUUAUAUGCUUGUCUUUAUUUUUUUUAAUUUCAUAUUUGCACCCUGGUCUUUUUAAUAAAAAUAAACUACAGUUGAACAUGAA